AUGGCACCCCCAAGGAGGCAAAGAGUCCAGGGUUCCAGGGGGGGUCAUGGUGCCAGGGGGGAUACUAGGCCCCCCACUGGCCGUGAUGCCAGGGGGGCUACUGGGGCCCAGGGGUCCACUAGGGCCAGGGGGGGCAUGGUGGGCCGGAGGUCUGGCUGUGAUGUAAGGAAGGUCACAAGCUGGUGGCAGAAGGGGCCAGGCUUCCUUCAGAGAAGAGAGGCGGAAGCUGAGCUGAGUACCUCACCUGGGUCUGAUGCCUCUCCUUUGAGCCCAGGAGAAGGGACAUCAAGGGCAGGCAGAAGGUCCCGGUCCAAGCCCAACUUUCCACCCUUCUCCCGCAAUGAGACCUGGGCCCUGGUGGUUGCUUAUGUAGAACGGGCUGAAUGCAUCGCAGGGCACAGGUCCUCCCGCAGUGGUCAGGCAGCAAAGGACCGUCUGUGGAAGGAAAUCACGGUGGCUGUAAAUGCAGUGGGCAGGAUGUUACGCAGGAACCUCAAGAACGUGAAGAAGCGUAUGCGUGAUCUGAGGCGGAGAUUAAAGGAGAAGCUGACUCUGUGGGCUGGGCAGGGACAUGUUACAAGGCAUGGAGUGGACCCUGACCAUCUGCAGGACCUGUCUCAGGCAGAACGGGCACUUCUGCCAAUCAUCAGCCUCAACACGAUUUUUUUGGGGUGAAGGCUCAUGGAGAUACUGAUGAUUGCCACAGUGCCAAUCCCAAGGCAGGGGCAGCCCCAGCCAGCCCAUCAGAGGACAAGCCAGAAGAUCACACAUACACUGAUCCAGAGGUGUUCCCUCCUGCACAACAUCAGGAGAGGAGGAGGAGGAGGAGCGGCUCCCCCCGCUGCAGCCAGGAAUGGAGGAAGAUCUGGGUAUGUAUU